AUGUCUGCUGAACCCGACCACGUCGAGCACAAGAAGAAGGUCAAUCUCAAUGAUGCAUCUGGUGCUGAGCACAAAGGCAAUGAUGAUAUUGCAACUGCCAUCUUAAAGAAGAAGAAGAAGCCAAACUCGUUGAUGGUUACUGAUGCUAUCAACGAUGAUAACUCUGUUAUCGCUCUCUCCAACAAUACCAUGGAAACUUUACAAUUGUUCCGUGGAGAUACCGUUUUAGUUAAGGGAAAGAAGCGCAAGGACACUGUUCUCAUUGUUCUUGCUGAUGACGAUCUCGAUGAUGGAAGCGCACGUAUGAACCGUGUUGUUAGACAUAACCUCCGUGUUAAGCACGGUGACGUUAUUACCGUUCACCCAUGUCCGGAUAUCAAAUAUGCCAAGCGCAUUGCAGUCCUCCCUAUCGCCGAUACUGUCGAAGGUCUCACCGGAUCUUUAUUCGAUGUUUUCUUAGCACCAUAUUUCCGCGAAGCCUACCGACCUGUACGACAAGGCGAUCUUUUCACAGUUCGUGGUGGUAUGAGACAAGUUGAAUUCAAGGUUGUUGAGGUCGACCCUCCCGAGUACGGAAUCGUAGCCCAAGAUACAGUCAUCCACUGCGAAGGAGAGCCCAUCCAGCGUGAAGAUGAAGAAGGCAAUUUGAACGAGGUCGGAUACGACGACAUUGGAGGAUGCAGAAAGCAAAUGGCACAGAUCAGAGAGAUGGUUGAGUUGCCAUUAAGACAUCCCCAAUUAUUUAAAUCUAUCGGUAUCAAGCCUCCUCGUGGUGUUCUCAUGUUUGGUCCACCAGGUACUGGUAAGACACUCAUGGCCAGAGCCGUUGCAAACGAGACCGGUGCUUUCUUUUUCUUAAUCAACGGACCCGAGAUUAUGUCAAAGAUGGCCGGUGAAUCCGAAUCGAAUUUGCGCAAGGCUUUCGAAGAGGCUGAGAAGAAUUCGCCUGCGAUCAUCUUCAUCGACGAGAUCGACUCUAUUGCACCAAAGCGUGACAAGACCAACGGAGAAGUCGAACGUCGUGUUGUCUCGCAAUUGCUUACCCUUAUGGACGGCAUGAAGGCUAGAUCCAAUGUUGUUGUCAUGGCCGCCACAAACAGACCUAACUCCAUCGACCCUGCUCUCCGUCGUUUCGGUCGUUUCGAUCGUGAAGUCGAUAUUGGUAUCCCUGAUCCAACUGGUCGUCUUGAAAUCCUUCAAAUCCACACUAAGAACAUGAAGUUGGGUGAGGAUGUUGAUCUCGAGCAAAUCGCCUCCGAGACUCACGGAUACGUUGGUUCUGAUGUUGCCUCCCUCUGCUCCGAAGCUGCCAUGCAGCAAAUUCGUGAAAAGAUGGAUCUUAUCGAUCUUGAUGAAGAUACUAUCGACGCCGAGGUUCUCGACUCCCUUGGUGUUACCAUGGACAACUUCCGCUUCGCCCUCGGUGUUUCCAACCCAUCUGCUCUUCGCGAAGUUGCAGUUGUCGAAGUUCCAAACGUUCGCUGGGACGACAUCGGAGGAUUGGAAGAGGUCAAGCGCGAGCUCAUCGAGAGCGUGCAAUACCCCGUCGAUCACCCAGAAAAGUUCCUCAAGUUCGGUCUUUCUCCAUCUCGUGGUGUCUUGUUUUACGGUCCUCCUGGUACUGGUAAGACCUUGCUCGCCAAGGCUGUUGCUAACGAGUGUUCUGCAAACUUCAUUUCCGUUAAGGGUCCAGAAUUGCUGAGUAUGUGGUUCGGUGAAUCUGAGUCCAACAUCAGAGAUAUUUUCGACAAGGCUCGUGCUGCCGCACCUUGUGUUGUUUUCCUCGAUGAGCUUGAUUCUAUUGCCAAGUCUCGUGGUGGAUCUAACGGUGAUGCUGGUGGAGCUUCUGACCGUGUUGUCAACCAACUUUUGACUGAAAUGGAUGGUAUGACCUCGAAAAAGAACGUUUUCGUCAUUGGUGCUACCAACAGACCUGAGCAACUUGACAACGCUCUUUGCAGACCUGGUCGUCUUGACACCCUUGUCUACGUUCCACUUCCUAACGAGAGCUCUCGUGCUGGUAUCUUGAAGGCACAACUCAGAAAGACCCCAGUCGCCGACGAUGUUGAUCUCAGCUACAUUGCAUCCCGUACUCACGGUUUCUCUGGUGCUGAUUUGGGAUUCAUCACCCAACGUGCCGUCAAGCUCGCCAUCAAGGAAUCUAUUUCUUUGGACAUCGAACGUCGCAAGGCUCUCGAGGCCGCUGGUGGUGACGUUGACAUGGAGGAUGAGGAUGUUGAGGACCCAGUUCCAAAAUUGACUAAGGCGCAUUUCGAAGAGGCCAUGUCACAAGCCAGAAGAUCCGUUUCUGAUGUCGAAAUCCGCCGAUAUGAGGCAUUCGCUCAGAGCAUGAAGAGCUCUGGGCCUGGAGCUUUCUUCAAGUUCCCAGAAGCUGGUGAGGCUGCCGAGGCUAACGGAGGAGGUGCUGGUGGAUUUGGUGAUGCUGGAAACGACGACAGUCUUUACGACUAA